UGGGCGGGAUUGGUUAGACAACUAUGGUAAGAGCGGUGUAUGAGAGAAUCUUUCAUGAAUUUGAAGUUAGCUUCCUUCUUACUGAUGUUAGAGACUCUGUUGAAAGAAGUGGUCUCCUAAAUCUACAAAAGCAACUUCUCUCUGGGAUUUGGACAAAAAUGGCUAACAUUUUAGACCUCCAUGAAGGAGCCGCCAUAAUGAGGAGGUUGUUAUGUCACAAAAAGGUUCUUCUGAUUCUUGAUGAUGUGAACCAUUCAAGCCAUUUGAAAUAUUUGGCAGGAAGUAAAGAGUGGUUUGGUUCAGGGAGUAGAGUUCUCAUCACAACUAGAAAUGAGCAUUUGUUGAUCGAACAUGAAGUAGAGAGAAGAUUGAAGGUUGAGGAAUUUAAUGAUGAGGAUUCUCUUAUGCUUUUCAGCCGGAAAGCAUUCAAAAAAGGUUACCCUGAAGAAGAUUUUCUUGAUUCGUCUAAAUCUGUCAUAAAUUAUGCCAAAGGUCUCCCUUUAGCUCUUGAAGUAUUGGGCUCUUUUUUGUAUGGAAGAGAUCUCAGUGAGUGGAACAGUGCAUUGAGAAAACUAGGAAGAGUGUGUAACUUGGAAAUUUUUGACAUACUUAAAACAAGUUAUGAUGGUCUAGAUGAUGAAGAGAAGACAAUCUUCCUAGACAUUUCAUGCUUUUUUUGCGGAAAGAAAAAAGAUCGAGUAACAGAAAUACUGAUCAGAUGCGAUGUUUAUGCAAUUAUUGGAAUAAAAGUUCUUACCGAAAGAUCUCUCUUGACUGUUUCACAUGGAAGACUACGGAUGCAUGAUUUGCUCCAAGAAAUGGGUCGGGAAAUUGUCCGUCGGGAAUCUACUAAUGAGCCAGGCAUGCGCAGCCAGUUAUGGCUUCCAGAAGAUGUCAAACAAGUCUUGACCAAAAAUACUGGAACAGAAGCAAUAGAAGGCAUUGUUCUGGACUCAAUUGAGGCUGGAGUAAAGGUGGAUGUGAAUGCUAAAUCUUUUUCAAUGAUGAAUAGAUUGAGAUAUCUUGUCAUUAAGAAUGUGAACCUAUCGAAUGGGCUUGAAUGUCUUCCUAAUAGUUUACGGAUUCUUAAAUUGACUGGGUAUCCCUCGAAAUCUCUCCCAUCGCAUUUCAACCCUGAAAAGCCACUAGAACUUAACAUGUGUAGUAGUGGCAUUGAACAUUUUCCGUUGUAAAUAGAGGUAUCAAGUACUUACAUAAUAUUUCACUAGUUACAGAAGAAAUUUUAAAUAUAAAAGCUAAUUUUCUUAUGCUUUUACU